UACUGGACAGGUCACUUCUAUAACAGAUAUUUGGUGACCCUAACCCUGUUGUCUUGCAAGCCUUGGCUGUCAACACGUUGCAUUUAUUUACAGCAAUAUGCCCAAGUAAGGUAUGAUCUUUGCUUUAAUACCCAGUUGGCACCAUUCCUACCAUAUGAUUAACAAAACUGCCUGGCCCUGAUUCCACUCUAGCUAAGGGGAAGCCCCCCUCCCCAUCUCAGUGAUCCAACUGGAAGUAGUUGCUCUCUUCCUGGACUGUGGAGGGCAGCAGGAGGAAGAAGAGAGGGGGGUGACAUACAGUAAGAGAAGGAGGAGGAGGAUGAGGGGUUAGUUUGCUGCUUUGGAUUUGCUGCCCUGGAAGAGGAGGAGAUCAUUGUGAAGGCUGGAUGUGCUAGAGCUAAAUCUCACUGUACUACAUGCUGACAAGGAGGCAGAUUGGCUUUUUCCUGUACAUUUUUAAUGGGAUUAUUUAUUCUUUUUGCAUUGUUUGUGGAUUUAUGCAUUUUGGGGACCAGCAUCUGCAUGGAAUGAGGACACCCGCACUAAGGAAGGGAUGAGGGUCACCUCUUUUGUCUGAGCACCCCUGAACACAGGAGAGGAUGCUGUGGUUGUGAUGAUUACAGAGCAUGCAGGCUGAAGGGCAUCACGUGUGAAUGGUCUGCUUUAUUAUUUCAUUUUUGGGGUAAUUUAUACAGUUUUUGAUAUUCGUGACAGUUACACGGAGUCAGAAGGAGAAAGGGACGCAGCUCUUCUCUCUCUCCCACCCGCCCGGUAGCCGAGCAAGAUGUCGGCCAGGACGCCAUUGCCGACAGUGAACGAGCGGGACACUGAAAAUCACACUUCACUGGACGGGUACACAGAGCCCCACGUUCCACCUACCAAAUCAAGCAGCAGACAGAGCCUUCCUCGAUGCCGUAACUCCAUAGCCUCUAAUACUGAUGAACAACCUCAUGUUGGAAACUAUCGCCUGCUAAAGACCAUAGGGAAAGGAAACUUUGCCAAGGUGAAACUGGCCAGACAUGUCCUUACCGGUAGAGAGGUGGCUGUGAAAAUAAUUGAUAAAACACAACUGAAUCCCACCAGCCUCCAAAAGUUGUUCCGUGAAGUUAGAAUAAUGAAGAUUUUGAAUCAUCCAAAUAUAGUAAAACUGUUUGAAGUAAUAGAAACUGAGAAGACCUUAUAUUUAAUAAUGGAAUAUGCCAGCGGCGGAGAAGUGUUUGACUAUCUAGUAGCUCAUGGGAGGAUGAAAGAAAAAGAGGCUCGGGCGAAAUUUAGACAGAUUGUGUCUGCUGUACAGUACUGUCAUCAGAAAUGCAUUGUGCAUCGGGAUUUGAAGGCAGAAAACCUUCUUCUUGAUUCAGACAUGAAUAUAAAAAUAGCAGACUUUGGAUUCAGCAAUGAGUUUACUGUUGGUAACAAGCUGGACACGUUCUGCGGCAGCCCCCCAUAUGCAGCGCCAGAACUCUUUCAGGGAAAAAAAUAUGAUGGUCCUGAAGUGGACGUGUGGAGCCUCGGGGUUAUUCUGUACACGCUAGUCAGCGGCUCAUUACCUUUUGAUGGACAGAACCUAAAGGAAUUACGGGAACGUGUUUUGCGAGGAAAAUACCGAAUACCUUUCUAUAUGUCCACAGACUGUGAAAACUUACUAAAAAAACUUCUUGUAUUGAAUCCAAUAAAACGAGGCAGCUUGGAACAAAUCAUGAAGGAUCGGUGGAUGAACGUUGGUUAUGAAGAUGAAGAGUUAAAGCCAUAUAUUGAACCAGAGGCUGAUGUUGGUGAUACCAAAAGAAUAGAUAUCAUGGUCACUAUGGGAUUCUCCAGAGAAGAAGUGAAUGAGUCUGUAGUAAACCAAAAGUAUGAUGAAGUCAUGGCCACUUACUUACUUCUGGGCAGAAAGCCGCCUGAGUUUGAAGGAAGUGAGUCGUUGUCCAGUACUAACUUGUGUCAAAGGUCACGGCCAAGCAGUGAUCUAAAUAACAGUUCUGUGCCGUCUCCUGCACACAUGAAGGUCCAGAGGAGCAUAUCAGCAAAUCAGAAGCAGAGACGCUUCAGUGACCAUGCUGGACCAUCCAUUCCCCCUGCCGUUUCUUAUACAAAACGGGGUCAGGCCAACAGUGUUGAAAGUGAACAGAAAGAGGACUGGGACAAAAAUGGGUCCCGCAAACUCAGCAGUACAACAGUUGGCUCCAAAGGAGAGAUGGCUGCUAGUCCCCUGGCUGGACCAGAGAGGAAAAAGUCUACAACUGGCCCUAGUAAUAAUCUAUUUCCUGGCACUGCGAUGACCAGAAGGAACACAUAUGUAUGUGAUCGCACUACUGCUGCUAUACAGAAUGGGAAAGACAGCAGUCUAACUGAAAUGUCUGCUGGGAGCACGUCUUCAGCAACCUCUGCUGUACCCGCUGCCAGACCUCGUCACCAGAAGUCCAUGUCUGCCUCAGGGCAUCCAAUCAAAGUUACUUUACCUACCAUCAAAGAUGGUGCUGAAGGUUUUCGACCAAGCAGUGCAACUCAGAGGGCACCAGCUGCUUCCCCCUCUGCUCACAGUAUUAGUACAAGCACUCCCGACCGGACUCGCUUCCCUCGUGGGAGUACCAGCCGCAGUACUUUCCACGGAGAGCAGCUGAGGGACCGGCGCACUGCAACAUAUAAUGGACCACCGGCAUCUCCUGCCCAUGAAAACACACAGUACUCUCAUACAAGAAGAGGGACCUCCACUGGUAUUAUAAGCAAGAUCACUUCCAAGUUUGUGCGUAGGGAUCCAAGUGAAGGCGAGUCCAGUGGCAGGACAGACACCUUAAGGAGCACCUCUGGGGAGCCAAAAGAGGGCCAAAGAGAAGACCCUAAAGAUUCAAAGCCCCGUUCUCUGCGUUUCACUUGGAGCAUGAAAACCACCAGUUCCAUGGACCCCAACGAUAUGAUGAAGGAGAUCCGCAAAGUCCUGGAUGCCAACAACUGUGACUACGAACAAAAGGAGAGGUUCCUUCUGUUCUGUGUCCAUGGAGAUGCUCGACAGGACAGCCUUGUCCAAUGGGAGAUGGAGGUCUGCAAACUGCCCCGUCUGUCCCUCAAUGGGGUACGCUUUAAAAGAAUAUCUGGAACCUCCAUUGCCUUCAAAAACAUUGCAUCCAAGAUCGCCAACGAGCUUAAAUUGUGAAGCCACAUAUAGGGAAUGUUCAACCAUGACAUGCUGACUAUGUCUGAAUGUACUGUAGCCCUACGCUGCCGGAAAGCGGAGUUUGAGGUGUCUAGACCAGUAUAGGGCAUUAAAACCCCUGGCACGCGAGCCUUUCCCUUGCAGAAAAUGCCCUUACUGCAAUAAGGUUAUACAUAGCUAUAAUGAAUUGUACAAUUUAAAAUUCAUUACCACUUCAACAAUAAAUAAGCAGUCUAUGUUAUGUCACAUGUACAGGGAAUAAUAUAAAUGUUCUAUUCACAGUCUAUGUUCAUAGAAUUGUAUAAUAGACAAUUGCUUAAAAGAAGCAAGUUUUGUAUAGCUGGGUUAGUUUUCUGUACAGAAAUCUAUGUUAUAUCAGUGUUUUGUUUGAAGCUGUUCUUCCUUAUUGUUUAAUGAGGUAAUGGCAAUUAUUUUUUACAAUUACUUUUGUUUUGUAAAUUUAUCAAACCCCUGUUUGGUUUGAAACCCACAGCAAAUGACCAUAACUGGUUUGUAGACAUGGCUACAAAUUUGGGUAAUCAGAUUACAUGCGCUAUACACCUGCUGAACCGGAGAGAGGCUUGCAGUUGCCCCAACGUUCAAUACCCCGGGACGCUCUUGCAAAUCCCCUAUUUAUCUGCUAUUUGUUUCAGACAGUGUUCUGGGGAGAAAUACAAUUAUGUUUACAGUGUUGCAAAUUAAACAACAAAACUAAUUGUAGAAUAAUGUUAAUGUGAAGUGUUGGCAUCAGUGCCAGCUCUAAGUUCUUUCUUCAGUAAAUACACACUCGUAAAAAAAAAUUCUGCAGAGCAGAAAAAAUGCGGAGAGCACAGUCAGUGCCAUAUAAAUGGUACAGAUGCAUUGUACAAUGUGAUUGUUUGGGCAGCACCCUAGUGUAUUCCUGGCUUCUUGCACUGCAUGGGUUUAACGUGUUCGUCUUAACUGCCUGACACUACCACUGCGAACCUUGCACUCACUCUGACACUCCUGUAAUUUACGUGAUUGCAAAAGUUUCCCAGAUGUGGAAGGUAAAGUCACAGAAAGCAAAUCUUAGGAUCUUUAUAGUGUUCUUUUGUUAGGUUACCAGAGGAAGAGAACAAAUGUGUUUAAAUCUUUAUCUAUUAAAAGACUUUAAAGGGACAUUAUACCCAUAAAAUCUGCUUGUAUACAUUAAAGAUCAUCAAUUGCAAAAUAGGCUUUUAGUUUAUAAAAUGGUUAAGUAUAAAGUAUUUAACAGGAAGCAUGCGUUACAUAAAUGGGGUAUUCAUUACUGACUGAUAAGGACAGCAUCAACAGCUAUAAUACUGGCUAGGGACACACAUUUGCUGGCAAGUACUGAUAUUGUUUCUUCAGGACACGAACAUUGUAUACAUUUUUUUUAAAUAUCCUCUUUCCUGUGGAACAAAAUUAAAUUGUGUACAAUGCCCCUUAAAUAUUUUCUGGAGGAGCCUAACGGAAAGAGUAGCGUUUAAAGGGGAACAAAGUUAGAAGAAAUUGUGAGCGAGAAAGUCCAGUUUGUUUAUUUUUAUUUCCCUGAGAAUGAGUCUUCCGUGGCACUUUGUUUCUUGUCUUAAUGUUAGGUGCCCACAGUCAUUGUUGUAGCACCCACAGAGAGCUGAGGAUUUCAUACAGUAUAUACUAUUAGUUAUUUAUUUUUAUUAUUGAAUUCCGUUAAUUAAAUGGAAAUGAAAACCAAAUUUGAUCUUCCAUGAGUCAGAUAGAGAAUACAAUUUUAAACAACUUUCCAAUUUACUUCUAUUGUUUAAUUUGCUUCCUUCUCUUGUUAUCCUUUGCUGAAAGGUUUAUUUAGAUAAGCUCAGGAGCAGCAAAGAACCUAGGCUCCAGCUGUUGAUUGUUGGCUGCAUAUAUACACACCGAUUGGCAUUGGCUCACCCAUGUGUUCAGUUAGAAAACAGUAGUGCAUUGCUGCUCCUUCAACAAAUGAUACCAAGAGAAUAAAGCAAAUUUGAUAAUAGAAGUAAACUGGAAAGUUCUUUAAAAUUGUAUGUUCUACCUAAAUCAUGAAAGAAAAUGUUUGGGUUUCAUGUCCCUUUAAGUCCUAGAGGUUACACAAAUUCAAAACUAAAGGGUUUUAAUAUGAAUUUAAAAUAUUCAUCAAGGGUGUUCCAAAACCAAAAAAAGUUUAGAAUACAUUGAAGUAAAAAAAAAACAAAAAAAAACAUUUUCCUAGGCUUUUGUUGGUAAUGUGUUAAAAAAGAAUAUAUAUAUAUAUAUAUAUAUAUAUAUAUUGCUCAGCUUCUUAUUAUUUGUUUCAGUUUAAAAAAAACAUACAGACUUGAAUGUAUGAUAGCAAACACAGAUGCUUUAAUUCCAUCCAUGGUGCACCUUUAUUCCAUUUUUAAAUGCAUUUAUCCCUUCAAUAUUCCUGUAUGUCAUUGUGCAUUGUCUGUAUUUUAUGCGGGUCAUCCUUACUGACAUUUUGGUUAAACAGCAACCUAGAGAUUCUUUCUCACAAUCUGAACCUUUGAAAAGUCAUGUUGCAUGGCAGCAACACACCACAUACAUUGGAAAUUUUAUUUACAGCCAGUAAGACAGAAUUAAAACUUUCCCAAAAUGAUAUGCUAAAUCACUUGAAAGUGAUGCAACAUUUCUGUAAAAAGCUGAAUGGAAAAUAUUACCUCAACAUCUCUAUGUAAAAAAGGAAGAUAUUUUACCUCAAAAUUUCCUCAGCUCACCAGAGUAAGAGCUGUGUAAAAAGUUAUCUUUCAGUUACUGCCCAGCUGCAGGUAAAAAAAAAUAUGAACAUUAGCCAAUCAGCAUCAGCAGUGCUGAGGUCAUGAACUGUUUUACUGUGAUCUCAUGAGAUUUCAUAGUAAACUUCCUUAAACUGAAUAGGCAUAUAACAUCAGUGUUCAUGAGGCUCACUCCCUUGCAAGUCCUGGGACAGGCAAACUGAUUUGCUGCUUAGUAAAAUAUCUUCCUUUUUUACAUAGAGAUGUUCAGCUUUAUACAGCUAUAAUGCAUUACUUUCAAGUGUUUCAACAUUUGGGUAUCAUAUCCAUUUAAGUAAUUUUCAAUCAAAAGGAAGUCAUUGAGAAUUUCUGGUUUCUUUAAAUUGAUGAAUAUAGGUUUAACUUUUAACCAAGGAUGCUCUUAUAUGACAAUAUUUAUUGUAAAGAAAAAACUAUGCAUCCAGUGUUAUACAAUUCACCUUUUAUAUUGCUCAAAACAGCCUCUAGGUUAGCGUUGGCAAGUGGGAGUUACAGAAAACAAAUAAACUAAAUUAUGUGAUCUGAAAAAUGUUUUAGAUCAUCGCUGGAAUCAGUAUAAGUGUAACAGAAAAAUAAUUCUCUUAACCUGCCAUCAACAGCAAAAUAAGAUAUCUCCCUCUUCUCUGUACAUUUUUGAUCUUCGAGUUGUUCUUUCCCAUAAGAGCCAUUGGUGUUUAGACAGGACUACUUUAUAUCAAUAAGACGUUGCUAUAGAAAAAAUAUUGCAGGGAGUUUGUUAAUGGUUAAGCAUGGUAUAAUUAAUAUAAAACGUACAAAUUGCGUAACUCAUUACUAGUUUUAAAAAUUGCCUGAGAGAUUAUCAUUAUUUGUAUAAAUAAUAAUUUAUUGAUAUAGAGUGUAAUAUGCAGAUGUCUCUUUCACAGUGUGAUGAAAAAUAGUUACAUUACAUCUGACUUAUUUAUAUAUAUAUAUAUAUAUAUAUAUAUAUAAACUUUGUUUUUGUCUGAAUUUCUAACCAUCUACUUACUGAUAUGUUACAGGGAAAGGGUUAUACAAUAAACGUAAGAGAGGUGGCAUAGCAAUAUUAGUGGAAUUGUUAACUGCAUCACACAUGUUAGAUAAAUAUAGGCUUUUAAAAUGUACUAGCAAUUUGAUCACAAUAUUUUAAGGUAAUACUUAAUAGGGUGCUGCAGUGUUUUAUUUUUGAUCUCUGAUUUUCAUCAAAGGGAUGUAUGGGUGUCUGCAAAAUCCAGAGACAGGAGGAGGGAUACGUUCAGCAGACAGGAAAAACUCUGGACUGUUUAGGUUACAUUGUAUUGAUAGUGUGAAACUGUGUAGUGAAAUGAUGUGUGCACAACAUAAAAUCAAAGCUUAGUUAUGAGACCCAUCCAUUUUAUCAUGCUAUAAAAUUCAUAAACAUUGCACAUAAAAACAUUAGUGUGUUACUAUUUCACUACAUUGCUGUCCUAAUCUGUAUGUCUCUAUUUCUUCAUGUAUCCAGUUUUCAACAUUGCGGAUUUCCUUUGUCAGCAAUCUGAUUGAAUUUGUAUGGUAAAUCUCAGCACAAUAUCAGGCAUUUUCUUCCUCUCUUUUUAUUUGUGUCAUAUAAAAUUAUUAUUCAGUGUAUAAAAAUAGAUUUCUGAACAGUGUAAAUAUAUGAAACAACUCGGAAAAGAAGGCAUCUUUAUUUUAUUCAACUAAAAUGUAGCAGACCUUACAGUAUUUCCCAAACAAAAGUCUACCUAGUAGAACACUGAUCUUGGUGCUCCAUAUUGCACCAUUUUCUAUUGGCUAACAAGGGGUUAAAGUGCAAUUAGUUGGUUUUUUUUAUUUAGUGUACACUAAAAUGUGUGGUUUUCAGAGCUGGAAAAACUUCUGUUUUGUUGAAUUUCCUUAGGUAGUAUACAGAUUUAUUUGUAGACACUAAACAUUAAAACCUAAAAUUUACCUUUGUCUUUUUACUUGAACAAUUGUCACUAAUUUCUGCACUAUACUUAUUCAGUUACUAGUCCUUACGUAUGAGAGUUCCUAUUGCAGAGACAAGGGAUGCAUUAUGUUUAAUUAAUCUCUUCCAGUCCUCUGAACAUAUUACAGGGUUAAAUAAAAUACUGCACAUUUAUAUAAAUCUAGCUAUAUUUGCAGUCUCUGAGCGUUAAAGCUUCCAGGUGUCAGUUUGUAUGCAGGAGAUAUAGACUAAAGCACUGGUUUUCAAACCUGUCAUCAGACCUCUCCAACAGGCCAGGUUUUCAGGAUUACCUUGAAUUGAGAGCAGGUAAAAUAACCAUGUUUACUAAUUAGCGGAUUAUUUCACCUGUGCUCCAGGUCAGAUGUCCUCAAAUGUGGCCUGUUAGGGAGACCUGGGGACAGGUUUGAAAACCAGUGGGCAAAAGCAAUGAAUGUUUGAUUCUGCCCCUCCUCCUUUUUACAUUAAUAAGCUUUUCAUUGUCUGAAUUGUUCACAGCCUCUUAAUUUUAUUUUAUUUUUUUAAAUUAAACAAAUAUAGAUAAAUUUAUAGGGGGGAAAUGAGGCAAAGUUUUUAAAUACACCUUUGUAUUACGCUUAAAAAUAAAAUGGAAAUGUAUUGAAUUUAAUGGAUCACUUAAAUAUCCCUUUAUUUCAAUAUGCUAAUUUGCCACAUAGCAUUAAAAUAUUAAUGUCCUAGCAUCUAGUUUUCACCCUUUUUGCUCUGAGUUGUUGAGUGUUAGAAUUCUGCUGGUCCAGAAUAUGUUAUUUUUUGAGACCUAUUAAAUAAGCCUCUUUAGAUGCCUGAUUCUAUCCUUGCAUAAAGUGCAUUAGUGCCAGUAAAAAUAGUGGCAACGCUGCAUUCAGUUCAUUAUAAAUAAGCUAAUUGAAGUAAAAUAUACUGACCAACUAUAGCAGUCAUUUCGGCAUCUCCGGUAUCUACAGCUUGUAUCAAUUUGUAAAAUGUGCUUACUGUAUAGGUUUACUUUGCAUGGUGCAGUGUCAUUUAGCACAGUUUAUUGAUGAUAUAAAUAUAUGAUCCUAUAAAAAGUUAAAACAUAAUUUACAAGUCAAACACUCUAACAAUUCAAGAAAAUACCCCCCCCCAUGAUGUUUAUGUGUAAAUUUUUGGAAUCUUUACAGUACGUAUUUUUCAAAUAUUGUUUCUUUAUUUAUACAUAUAUAUGUUUAAUGAGAAAUUCUAUUAAAAGCUAGACUUUUUCAAUACGUAAA